AUGAGUAAGUAACAGUUUUUUCACUAAGAUUCUAUUUCAUGAAAGUUUUCUGUUUCGUACCAUUUUUAGUUUGAAUUAUCUGUAUUAAAUUAUUGAAUGCUUUCGCAUUUCAGAUUCAGACGAAAGUGAUUACGAGAAUGGUAGUCAAUAUACCAAUGGAAGCGUUGGUACAAAGGAUAGUGGUUAUUCGUCACUAUUUCCUAGUUCAAUAGACAGUGAUGUCAAUGACGAUUAUCCAGAAAAUUCUGAGGAGGAUAUGACGUACAAAUCUCAUAAAAUGUAUCAAGAUUUGUCUUGUGAACGUGAUUCAUCUGAUGGGAGUUGCAGUCAAAGCAUGCAAGAUCACAUCUACACAAGUGAUUUGUCAAACGAAGAACCAAGAAUUAAAUUAAGGAAGAUACACGAUGAGUCUUCUCAUCAAAAUAAACGACAGAAGAUUGUCAAAGCAAAAGCUAAACCGAAUGGAGAGGAAGUACAAGCUGAUUUGGAUAAGGGUAAACGGAUGAUGAAAAUGAUGGGGUAUAAAGAAGGUUGUGGCCUUGGCAAACAUAAACAGGGCCGUCUGGAACCUGUCCAAGCAGCUAAACAACAUGGUCGUAGAGGUUUUGGACAUUAUAUUCCAGGACUUGAGGCUUCAGGUCUGAAAUGGAAUGCUGCGGAGGAGGAAAUAAAAUGUGUAGAAGAUAUGGAAUGGAUAAAAAAUCCAAAUCCCAAUAUGCCUACAUUAGACAAAAUGAAGCGUUCGUUGGUCACAGGACGGAAGAAAUUGAUCAUAGAUGAUGAAACUUAUUUUUGUCACGAAGAUAUAGUGACAAAUGUUAUCAAUGCAAAAACGGUGUUUGACCGUUUGGACGAUGUUGAAAUGCGCCGAGCAAGAACACGCUGUAACCCAUAUGAAACAAUUCGUGGUGCAUUUUUCUUAAAUCGUGCUGCCGUUAAGAUGGCAAAUAUAGAUAGAGCAUGUAACUUCAUGUUUACUAAACCAAAGAGUUUAGGAAAGAACGAACUGCUGUAUUUUGCAGAUGUUUGUGCUGGACCGGGUGGUUUCAGUGAAUAUGUUCUAUGGAGAAAGAAAUGGCACGCAAAAGGAUUUGGUCUUACCUUGAAGAAUGAAAAUGACUUCAAGUUAGCUGACUUUUAUGCUGGUCCUUGUGAAACAUUCCACCCAUACUAUGGACCAAAGGAUAAUGGUGAUGUUUUUGAUCCAGUUAAUCAAGAAGCUUUUAAAGAUCUUGUAAUGCAACAUACUCAUGGCAAAGGAGUACAUUUCAUGAUGUCUGAUGGAGGAUUUUCAGUAAAAGGUCAAGAAAAUAUACAGGAAAUUCUUUCAAAACAAUUAUAUCUUUGCCAGUGUUUAGUGGCAUUGAUGAUUGUAAGAGAGAGAGGUCAUUUUGUGACAAAAUUAUUUGACCUUUUUACUCCCUUUAGUGCCGGUUUAGUUUACUUAAUGUAUCGCUGCUUUGAAGAGGUUUGUAUUUUUAAGCCAAACUCUUCCAGGCCAGCAAAUUCAGAACGCUAUUUAAUAUGUAAAAGUAAACGGCCUGGCACACAUGAUGUUAUGCAAUAUCUUAAACAUAUUAAUCUCCUACUUCUAAAAGGCGAUGAAAGUAAUGAUGUUUUACAAUUAAUAUCAUUUGAUGAAUUAGAGAGAGAAAAACAAUUUAUACAAUAUUUACGUGCUUCUAAUGAAGAAUUGGGGAAGAAGCAAAUAAUAAGUCUGUGUAAAAUUGCUGCAUUUUGCGAAGACAGUACUCUCGUUGAAGUAAAACAAGCUGAUAUGCGCAAAGAAUGUUUGGAAUAUUGGCAGCUUCCAGAUGAAAGUAGAAUAAUCCCAAGGCAAAUGAAACCGAAAGAUGUAUUAAACACUCUUGUGAAAGAUACUUCAUUUCUUACUAUUAGCCCAACACAAUUGGAGAUAUCUAAUAUUGAAAAUGCGCUAUCAUGUCCGUAUGACUGGUUUUGUAUGCCAUGUGGUACACCAAAGCCUGAAGAAGAGAAAAAUGAUGCUACAUUUUAUAUGGGGAUGGGAAGAGGUAACGUAUAUCGAUAUGUAAGAAAUUCUUGGCAACAUAUUGAUGACAUCAAGAUAGAAUUACCACCAAAUACACUCGUAUAUGCAGAAGUUGUAUAUGAAAUGAUCAAGGAAUUUAAAUAUCAGCAGAAGGUACUUGCGUUACAUAUUAUAGAUGCAUUCUAUUUAGGAGGAGAAAAUGUCAGUCAAAAAUAUUUAAGCGACAGGUACGAAAGUACGAGGAUAUUUUGUGAAGCUUUAUGGAAACCACCAGGAAAUAAUUAUGCUCGUGUACGCGCCAUGGAAUUAUUUCCUGUUGGUUCGGAUAUAUGUGAAAAGUUGCGAAUAACACAACGUCGAAUGAAAAACAAUAAGAUUGCUUCUGUAUAUGAACUGCCAGAAACACCUUUAGACGCUAAUAUUUGUAAUGAUAAAUUAUAUUUCAUACCACGUUCUGUAAUGUUUUUAAGAAGUACUGUACAGCCAUGGAAUCGACAUGUUAGUAAAAAAACUUCCUUGACGUAUGUUUAUAAUUAUAAAACUAAGGAGACAGUAUUCGAUAGUGAUAGACCAAGUUCAGCAGAAGCAAGUUUUAUUGACUCUUUUAAAAGUCGCCUUAUAUGGCAUUGGCCUAACAACGAGAAUCUUUCUAUGGAUGAAUUUGCAAAGUUCAUUAAACACAAGUGUUCGAAAUAUUAA